UUGGCGAUUUGUUGGUUUGUGAGUGACAUAGAUAUAUAUCUUGUACUACAAAUAUUCCCAUGGAACCUGUGAGAAAGAGAAAGUUUUCCUCCAUGUGGGAACACUUUGAGCAGAUCUCCCCGAACAAGGUGAAGUGUUUGUUGUGUGCCAAGGAAUUGGGAUACAACAAUAACACCUCAUCCAUGUUGAGGCAUUUUCGUGCUUUGCAUGAAAACAGUGAGGGGAAUGUGGCUGGACCCAGUCCAGUGAGCAGAAAGAAGGACCUGGACGAUGCCUUGGUGUCAAUGAUUGUCAAAGACACCCAGCCUUUCAGUAUAGUGGAGGACACAGGAUUUAGAGAGUUUGUGGCUAAACUAGAUCCAACCUACAUCCUCCCAACAAGAAAGGCCAUGGUUGAAGAGAGAUACCAGCAUGAGAAGGAGAAGGCCAAAGCUGAGGUCCAGAAAGUAGCUGCAGUUAGUUUGACAGCAGACAUGUGUACAUCUAUAAACAUGGAUGCAUACUUGGCUGUAACGUGCCAUUUUAUAGAUGAGACAAUAUAA